ACUCCGACCACGUGAGGGCGGUACUGACACCUCCAAAAUAUUUCCCAAACCUUUUCGGGCACUAAUCCGGUCAAAAUGUCAUCAUUUUCUAUGUAUUGUUUUAUUCUGGGCUGAAUCGCUUCGGAUACUGUCGCCACUGACGCACGUACCGUGAUGGCUUCACAAUAGCUUUGUCGCAUCACACUGCAGCCUUUUGAACGCUCCCUCGGCGGUUGUUGUUUGCGUUUCUCUGUCAUACAUGAGUCCCAUCCCGUCAGCAUGACAAAAGACAUAGUGCUUGGAGAUGAUUUACCUGAUUGGGUGGGUGCAAAGGAGUUUUACCAGAAGUAUGACCCCAAAGAGGUGAUUGGUCGGGGAGUGAGCAGCGUGGUGCGCCGGUGCGUGCACAGACACACAGGGCAGGAGUUGGCCGUCAAGAUCAUUGAGAUCACCUCCGAGAAGAUGACCAUUCAGCAGCUGGAGGAGGUGAGGACCUCCACGCUCAAGGAGAUCCAAGUGCUCAACAUGGUCAAGGGCCACUCGUCAAUCAUCACUCUCGUCGAUUCCUACGAGUCCACAACCUUCAUUUUCCUGGUGUUUGACCUGAUGAGACGGGGGGAGCUGUUUGACUACCUCACAGAAAAAGUUACACUGAGUGAGAAAGAAACAAGGAGCAUAAUGCGAGCUCUGCUGGAAGCGGUACGCUACCUCCACUCCCGCCAUAUCAUCCACCGAGAUCUGAAACCCGAGAAUAUUCUGCUGGAUGACCAGGGACAAAUCAAACUGUCCGACUUUGGCUUCUCGGUGCAGCUGCAGCCCGGGGAGAAGCUGAGAGAGCUUUGUGGAACACCCGGUUAUUUGGCUCCCGAAAUCCUAAAAUGCUCCAUGGAUGAAAUGCACCCAGGCUACGGAAAGGAAGUUGAUCUCUGGGCAUGCGGCGUGAUCCUCUUUACCUUACUGGCCGGCUCGCCGCCCUUCUGGCACCGCAAACAAAUGCUGAUGCUCAGGUUGAUCAUGGAGGGCCGCUACAAGUUCGGCUCGCCCGAGUGGGACGACCGCUCGGACACUGUCAAGGAUCUGAUCUCCAGGUUGCUGGUGGUGGACGCGGCCGUGCGUCUGACGGCCGAGCAGGCCUUAGCGCAUCCAUUCUUCAGUCAGUACCAGAAGGAAGACGUGCGGAUCUUCAGGCCCAGGAAGUCGUUCAGGGUGUUGAUCGUGACGGUGCUGGCGUGCAUCCGCAUGUACAGCCGCUACCGACGGGCCCGCCCGCUGACCCGCGAGGUUCUGGCCCGGGAUCCUUACUCUCUGCGAGGCGUGCGCAAGCUCAUCGACGGCUGCGCCUUCCGCAUCUACGGGCACUGGGUGAAAAAAGGCGAGCAGCAGAACCGGGCCGCCCUCUUCCAGAACACGGCCAAGGUCAUGCUGCUGGAACUGGAGGACUUUGAACCAUAAACCUCAUUUCUUUUUUUUUUUUUUUAUGUUAUGGCGCUAUUGUGUGUCAAGUUUCUGUCUAAUUUUGAAAGGAGGGAUCAAGGAAAUGAUGCCUUACUGCAUGCUGUCCCAAGCAAAAAAAAAAAAAUUCUGAUUAGCAUUUUUUUGUUGUUGUUGUUGGGUUGUUUUAAACUCAUGUCACAUAAUUUUGUCGUGCGCUUUGCAUUAAAGGGCAUUUGUACAUGUUUAUUUGGGAUGCUAACACUUCAAGAAAACACUGUGACUACCUAAUGAACUACUUACAACAACAUUGUGUGAGUAGCAUAUUAGCAUACAAAGAGAUUGUAUUCACUCAUAUUUACAUGUCCGAGGACUAAAAGACAAAUGUGAAAUAUUUGCAACGUGUACUGUACUUGCAUGUUUAUGGUUUAAAAA